AUGUCUCUCCUCUAUAGCGCUUUCCCACUAGCUGACCAUGAACGAGUUGCUCUCACUCGGUUCAGACGGACGCUGAAACGAGCCCGACUUGAGGUCCGCAGUCUCACUCAUACCCUCCAUCUUCCUCCUGCCUUGUCGGAGAUCUAUGGUGGCCCUCGACCGGAAUGGCUGCGAGACAUUCUGGACUACCUGCCAUGUCUCCAGUCGCUGAUGGUCUCGAGCCUGCCAUUCUUUGACCACAACGCUACCAUGGCUCUCAGGACUCCCUCGAAUCCGGCGCAGGUCCAAGAGUACCGGCCGUAUAAUCUUCGCUUGCUCCUGGCAGAAAGGGAGCCGAAUACCACGUCCGUUGGAAUCGCACACGCCCUGUCACGAUUCCCAGCAUUAAUGUAUCUCGAUCUAUCGUACACGUCCUCUGCCAGAGAUCGUAUUGUCUUGUCCACAUUAUCCGAGCUGCAUGAGCUUCAGGUUCUGAAGCUUCGAGGUAUCGGUCUGAAGGACGCAGAUGCUGAAUUUCUGGCAAACGCAAUCGGGACACGAGUACGGUUUUUGGAUCUGCGCAAUAAUUUGCUUACCGAUAUGGCCGUUAGAUCAUUGUUGCAGGCUUGUUUUAUGUCGCCAGGAGCGCUACCGAGCCAGGUGAGCAUGGCACGCGGUGGUUCAUCCUUAGGCGCCUAUACUGCAGACAUUCUGAGACGGCCGGAUCUGGAUGAGAUAUUCCUAGAGCUACUCACCCGUCCUCUGACAGGCCGUUCGGUGUUGGAGAACUUGCCCCAUGUGGGAAUAACCCACCUGUGUAUUUCCGAUAACAAACUGACCGUCGAGGGUGUCGCCAGUCUGUUGGCUUCCAAGAGGCUGCACUUAAUCGAUGCGGGGACGGUUGACACUGCCAAAUCCCUGAGACAAGGCCAGCAUGCCUUGUCACCAGAUAGCCCGGUAGAUAGCACGGGGAUAUUCCCGGGGGCAGAGAAGCUGGUACCCAUUCUCGGCACCUCCGCCAAGGACAAUCUCACCUAUCUCAGGGUCCAUCACGCAGUUGUCACUAAAGAUGCGCCAACCAAGGAUCAUAUAUCGUCAAAUGACCUCCUCCCCGAACUUCCGGGAGAUAUGGAGCGGGUCCAGCUCGAAGACACUCAGUUGCGUUCGGAGCUCGAUCCUGCGAACGAGAUAUUUGAAUUGCCAUCGGAGAGAGAGCCCAUAUUUGAACUUGCAGAUACCUCAGUAUCACGAUCCGAUGUCUCCUCUCCACCGCCGCCCACAGCAAAAAACGUCACGUGUACUUAUGAGGAUGAGCCACUGCCGGUGCGACGAGGCCCGGCCUUCGCACCUGAGGUGUUAGACUGCACGCGGUCGCCAGAUGUAGAGCCUGUCACCUUAAAUGAUAGAGGAUCAGGGCUAUUGCAAUCGCAGCCUUCACGGGCAGCUGCACCUGCUGAGAGCAGUCUGCCAGCGUCCAUAUCAAACCCCCGGGCUAAGAAGAUACAAGAGUUGUUGGCGAAGAGGCCUAAAAACAACACCCUCCCACUUCGGCAUGGAGAUGCAGCGUACCCGUACCUUCACCCUUCUCAUAUUCCCCAUGUGGAGACAUUUGUUCUGACGGAUGUCCCGUCGCAUGUCCCAGCUGACUCUCCAAUUAUCUCAUCUCUGAUCCGCUUCAUCACUGCAUGCUCGGAUGAAGCAUUGUUGGCAAAUCUUCAGGCCCGAGCAGACUACUCUCUUCCCCCUGGUCGAGAUCGAAAGCGGGCGGAGCAGGAGCAUGCGAGGUCUCUCUUUGCUCUUAAACGUCUUGUUCUCGAAAUCACGCCUGUGUCUAAGAAAAGCGAGCCGACAAAGCCCAGUCCCUGGAGACCACAGCGUUACGAGCAUGUGGCAUCAAUGUCUGCAACCGGAGAUCCCGAUUCCGAGCGGUUGUGGUCGGCAGCCAUGGAUGACUUUAGCUUCUUUGGCAACGAGGAAUGCGGCGUUCCAGACGAUGACAUGGGCAAAGAUUUCCCCAUGACAUUUCUUAAUGAGAAAGUGCGUCUGAUGCCUGAAGAUAAUGACUCUACGCACUCGGGGCCGUCGGAGCUGGAGACACCCCUGUCCCCCAAUCUAAGACAACCAAGCCCGCGCCUUGCUCAGCACCAGCGUCCAUCUCGACCUAGCUCUAUCCAUUUUUCACCGACAACAAUGAGUGCUGGUCAUAAUCAAUCUUCACCGUCGCCUCAGUCGACGAAUUAUAUGAGCGGCAACAGGGAUCAAGCAGUUACCCCGGAGGCGCCUGAAGUUGACCUGGUGGCCACGUUAGCAGCCUUUCGACGCAAGAAGAAAGCCGAGUUCAAGGAGCUCGUGAGAAUAGAUCGAGAACGGAGGAUUGCCGCGGCUCAAGCAGCACAAUCAUCUUCCCCGUCCCCGUCACCAUCAAUAUCAUCGUCCUCGGAAAAAGUCAGGUCCUCGUCUCAGUCACCGAGAGACCCUAUUCCCCCUUCUUCCUCGAUACCAUUGCACGUUGAAGGGCAUUGGAAAGGCGAGGUGAAAGUGGUUCGGAAUGCCACCCCUAAGGGUAGAAGCGGCGUGGUGGAUCUGUAUGGAAACUACUUUGAGAAAGGCUAUCUCUAUCCGUGA